AUGUGGUCCUUACCGUUAUAUUUGCAAAGAGGCGAGAGUAAACCCUCUAUUCCUACCCCAACCACACAAACACCACACCCAAUUCAACAACAAAACAACCUCCAAACAAACCAUCAACACACCCACACUAUCCCCCCCUACCCCACAAACACACCACAUCCCCCCCCCUUCACCCACCACCCUCACCACCCACCAAAACACCCACACCAAAACCCACUUCCAAAAACAAAUAAUUUCUCCAUUCAACCACCUCCAAACCACACACCCUCUACACCCAACUCCCCCCACCCUACCAACCCAACAAAUUCCCACCAACCACAAACACACCCAUCACUCACCUUAUCUCCUUUUAACUUAAUUCACAAAAACAACCCUCCUCCCCCCUUAACCCUCACACAAACCCCCCUCCCACAAACCCUCCAACCACCACAUACCCCACCCCCUCCCACCCCACCCUUCCCCCUCUUCCACACCCCCCACCAACACACACCCCAACCCUAA